CUACGAAUUGCCCCAAAAACAGAAGACGAAAGCAAAGCAAAGCGAAGCGAAGCGAUUGUCUUUUUCACACCUACAUUCAAUCGGCGGCUAUAAACUCUCCAAAACUCGCCGCUUUUCUUCUCUCUCUACAGAAACCCUAAUUUACUCUCUCUCCUCACUCCACCUCUCUAUCUAUACAUACCUAUAUAUAUAUAUAUGCAUAUAGCAGUUUCAGGUCUGAGCUUGAAGAACGUAGCAAUGGAGGAUGCAGUGGAGCAAAAGCACAAACAGCUUAAGUUCGCUAUAGCCUCUGUCUCUCCGCUCUCUUCGUCUUCUUCUUCAGUGGAUUCUGCCUCGCCAGUUGUUGCUCGAUUCAGCUUCGAUUCUGAGGCUGCGGAACUUCAAUUUUACCGAGAAUCGGAAUCGAAUGAGGCUAUUCACAUCGAUCUUAGAGCUGCUCAGCUUUUCAAGUUGAGCCCUGUUGUAUCGGUAUGCAUAUCAGAAGGUUCCGAAACCAGUGAAGAGAAAUCCUAUUCAAGGGGAGUCACCAUUAAAUUUAGAAAGGUGGAGGAAAGUACAGCCUUCCAUUGCGCAUUUGAGCAAUGGAAGAAGGAAGAACUUGUUCAAGGAUCAUGUUUACAAAAUGGAACAUUAUCAGCUUCUAAAAGCAAGUUUGAUGACAAGAUAGAGGCAUCUUCUGCCAAAAUGUAUUUUCAUUACUAUGGACAGUUGCUACAUCAGCAAAAUAUGCUACAGGAUUAUGUGAGGACAGGAACUUAUUAUGCUGCAGUCAUUGAGAAUCGUGCAGACUUUGUUGGUCGUGUGGUUGUGGAUGUUGGUGCUGGUAGCGGUAUUCUGUCAUUAUUUGCUGCUCAGGCCGGUGCCAAACAUGUUUAUGCGGUGGAGGCAUCUGAAAUGGCAGAAUAUGCCCGCAAACUUAUUGCUGGGAACCCAUUUCUUGGUCAAAGAAUUACUGUAAUCAAGGGUAAAGUUGAAGACGUUGAAUUGCCAGAGAAGGCAGAUAUUCUGAUCUCUGAGCCAAUGGGUACGUUGUUAGUCAAUGAAAGAAUGCUGGAGACUUAUGUAAUUGCAAGGGAUCGGUUCCUCGUUCCUAAUGGAAAGAUGUUUCCUACAAAUGGAAGAAUACAUAUGGCACCAUUCAGUGAUGAAUAUUUGUAUGUUGAAAUUGCAAAUAAGUCCCUCUUUUGGCAACAACAAAAUUAUUAUGGGGUUGAUCUAACACCCUUAUAUGGAUCUGCAUUCCAAGGAUACUUUUCUCAGCCUGUGGUGGAUGCUUUUGAUCCUAGGGUGUUGGUGGCUCCUGCAAUAUCUCAUGUGAUAAACUUCACUUCUAUAAAGGAAGAAGAGUUAUAUGAAAUUGAUGUCCCAUUGAAAUUCACAGCCUCUGUGGGUGCUAGAAUUCAUGGGUUGGCAUGCUGGUUCGAUGUACUGUUUAAUGGGAGCACUGUACAAAGGUGGCUUUCCACAGCUCCCGGUGCACCUACGACCCAUUGGUAUCAGCUUCGUUGUGUUCUCUUGCAGCCACUUUAUGUCAUGCCAGGACAAGAAAUUACUGGCCGACUCCGCAUGGUUGCACACAAUGCUCAGAGUUAUACUAUUUAUCUAACACUGUCAGCUAAAAUGUGGGGCCCGGGUGCUGAACAAGGAGGAAUACUUCAGACAUCGUCCUGCAAAUUUGAUCUUAAAGAGCCCUAUUACCGAAUGUCUCAACCACAAGCCUAUUCAAUGGCCCAAGAUCAGCCAACAACACAUCAUCUAAUAAAUACACAGGAUAUACAAAUACAAUCUCAAGAUGAAGAUGGAUCUGAGUUCAUGCUGCAUCCAUCUCAAAAUUCGGAUGCUGACCUCCAUUGAGUUGCUGGAAGGGGGGAAAAAAGCGUGCCAGUUGUGGUGGUGUGCGAUGAAGUUUCCAGAGUCUUUAAUGCUUUACUACCAAAGACCAAGGGGAUUUGCAUCAACACCCCUAGUUCAAUCACCCUUUUCUUCCCCCACCACCAUUGAUCUGUAAAUUAGAUCAAAAUUUGAUUGAACUAUUUAUCGUUUGAAAUGGCUGUGCCAUGAUCCUGUAGAAUUUCAAAGUUUGAUCUGUUAAAUAAUCAAUUUGGCUCGGUGCAAAUUGUGUUAUAUUGGUAAAUCAGGCCUGAUUUAACUACUAAAUUCUCAGGUUUGUGAAAGAAAAUUGAGAAAAUUUUAAGUAGGUUCUAGUUCUACUUGCACUGUUAAAGAGUGUCGGACCCUUUUGUGUAAUUGUUUUUCAUGCAAAAAUAUUCCGUGUUUGGAUUGUGAAUUUGUGAAAAGAAAGGUGACUUAACA